UAUUUAUUUUUAUUAUUUUUUAUUUUUAUUAUAUAUUAUUUAUUAAUAAGUAUAAUAAAUAUUUUGAUAAUUUACAAUAAUAUUAAUAAAAAAAUACAUAAUUAUUGAGUAUAUAUUUUCAUGCAGCUAAAAGUAAUAGUCCAAAUAAUAAUGUAAAUUUUCAUAAAAUGUAUAUAAAUCCCUAUAUAAAUACAUAUUUUAGGGAAAUUUAUUAGCACUAUUGGCAAGCAUGUAACUCAAUGUCAUGCUUCAAGGUAAACUAUCGAUGACGUCAGUGCACGUCAUUUAACAAGUGGGAGUGGAUGGAUAGAUGUCGGCAACCGUGGUGGCUCUCGCGAAUAAUCGCACACGAAAUUCGCAACAGACGAUACCGUAUCGUCGCGAUAAUGUCGCGUGCCUCUUAGCGAUGUAGUUUUCGUGGUGGAGAAAAGAAGCGAAAAAAAAAGAAACAGAAAAAACGAAGAAAAAAGCUACAUCGCCACACGUGUUUCCGCGGUAAAUGGAAAAACACCGAAAUCGGUUUGCGCAUGCCCGGCCACUGAUGACGUCACGAAAAUUGUGCUUUUGAUCAAACUCGCUCUCUCGUCGUUCCUUUUUUUUUUCACCGUGGAUGUAAUAAUGUGGAAAGUGAAAUAACUGCACGGAAAAGCUCUGUAGGAGCCGCGGAGAAGCCGGUGAAAAUCGACAAUCGUCGUGAAUGCAACACCGACCCUGUAUUUUGGCUCCUACAUGCAAUAGAAAGUGUUUUUAAUAUUCCAUCCAGUGGUUCCGAAGAACUGUUUCAUCUUUAUAACGCUACAAAAAUGGGUCGGAAGAAGAUUCAAAUUUCGCGCAUCACGGACGAACGGAAUCGUCAGGUGACCUUCAACAAAAGGAAGUUUGGGGUAAUGAAAAAAGCAUAUGAGUUGUCGGUACUAUGCGAUUGUGAGAUCGCUCUGAUUAUCUUCAGUUCGAGUAACAAGCUAUAUCAGUAUGCAAGCACCGACAUGGACAAGGUUCUUCUCAAGUACACCGAGUACAACGAACCCCACGAGUCUCUUACCAACAAGAAUAUCAUCGAGGCACUCAACAAGAAGGAACAUAAGGGCGCCAUGUCCCCAGAAAGUCCGGAGCCUGACGCGAUCGAGUACAAUCUUACUCCGCGCACCGAAGCCAAAUACACGAAGAUUGACGAGGAGUUCCAACUAAUGAUGCAGAGGCACCAACAUAACGGCACUCGGGCAAUGGGACAAUCUAAUUACUCUCUACCUGUAUCCGUACCAGUGAAUAGUUAUGGCGAAUCUCUACUUGGAUCUAGUCCUCAAAUAGCACAUACCAGCAUUUCUCCAAGACCAUCGUCUUCUGAAACAGAUUCAGUGUAUCCACCAGGAGGAAUGUUGGAGAUGAGUAAUGGUUAUCCACCAUCAGCAUCACCAUUAGGAGGUUCACCUAGUCCAGGUCCUUCACCGGCACUAGGAGUUGGAGGAGGCAGUGCAAACAAAGGCAGUAAUCCAUCUAGGCAUUCGCCGCAACCUCCACCUCCUCCACCGCCGCCUCAUCCUCACAGGACUAAUCUUCGAGUAGUUAUACCAACACCUCUUACACAACCUCUUUCCGAAGAUACUAGUUAUGAUAAUGGCCAUACACAAUCUGCAUUAAAUACACCGGUAGUAGCAUUGCAAACACCAUCAGUUCCAGCUGGAUACUCUAGUUUCGGACCUACCGAUUAUUCCUCGGACCUUGGAAGUUUAGCCUGGUCUCAUCAGAGGUACGUUGAUGACUUAUCAAUGUAUUCGGCAGCCACCAUGUCCAGUAUCAGUGGUCUUCCUCAUCUAGCCGUAUCAAGUAGUACACCACCGCCUGCCACAUCGCCAUUACCAGUGAAAAUAAAGAGCGAACCGAUUAGUCCACCUCGAGAUCCUCACGGUGGCAACAGUGGCUCAAAUAGUAGUGGGCCAAGUAAUAGCAACCUUCAUCAUACAGCCCUGAAUGUUGGACCUUCGUCGAGUACCGGUGCACCACCUCCACAUCAUGUACCUCAUCCUGGCCCACAAUCAUUGAAUCUUGUGUCGAACAGACCUAGCAGUAAUCCACCGCCGUCUCACUCCGGAAGUAUAACACCAACAAAUCUUCCAUCUCCAGGUAGUGCAACGGUGGCAGACAUUCGAACGAGUCAUUCUAACACCGGAGGAAAUGGUGGGAACAACUCAGACUAUGAGAACGGACCACUUAUGAAGCGUUCCAGAAUCACUGAGGGCUGGGCGACUUAAUAUCAAUCGUAAAAGUUAAUCGCUCGAUCGUUUCAUACCUCUACGUACAACGGCGUAUAGUGCUUUUGUGAGAAGUUCCGGAACUUGAAGUCAAAAACUUGUUACAUUAUUUACACACGUUCGGCCAUGGUUCUUUUUUUUUCUUGUGGUUGGGUGCGCGCGUGAAAUGAAGAACGAUUUUCGCAGAAAUCCAACUUGGCUGGACGAAGUUUGUUUAUAUAUUUUAAAGUCCACACAUAUACACACGCACGCACAUACAUACAAACACAUACAUGGACACGUACAUACAAAUAUAAAGAUACAUUUGUUUGACGAUUAACGGUGCCAUAAUGUUGAAGCGUUACACGUAUAUAUAUAUUAUAUAUGAUGGAUACAUAUAUAUAUAUGUAUAUAUAUAUGUAUAUAUAUGUAUAUAUAUAUAUAUAUACAUAUAUAUAUAUAUACAUAUAUUUUCAUGUAUAUAAUACGGAAAUUGUUUGUAUAUAUUUCAUUAAUUCAUUGUCAUUUUCUUCGUGAUAUGGCAUAUUGUGUCUUUGAUACUUGUCGCUAUGGCGAAAGUUAUUCCUUUCGAAAUAAAGAAAGGAAAUGGCGGUACAUUUAGGACGGAUAUUAAGACAUGAAAACCGGAAGUAUAGCAUUUCGGAGGUUAAGUGCAUCGACAACCGAAUUUCUAAGAGCUUGCGAAUGUCUAAUGAUUUCACAAUUUAGAGAUUUAUAAAUAAAUGUACUUUGUUACUUGUUUUUUGUGCGUUAUAAUGGUAGAUAGGUACAAUCCGCGGCAUAAUCCGUUAAUUGAUGUUUUUAAUUAAUAUCGAGAGCAAUAAACAUUAUUUCUCUCUUAAUUGAAUACCUAGUCAGAGAAUAAUGAUAUUUGAUUAGUAUAUAAAUUUUAAUUUUACAAUUCUUUUUCUUCUUUUUUUAAUGCAAUAUCUUUUUCCUUUACUCUGAAAAAACUGUACUCUUUAAAUCAUAAAAAAAUCAUUCAAACAUAUUAUUAGAAAAUGUAUUAUACUCAUACUCAUAUGUGUAUUAACCCGUAUAUUUUAAAGAAUUGUUAAAUGUUGAUUUGUUUUUAAAUAGUGGAGUUUUUUUCUUUUUUUUUUUCGUUAGCGAACUAUAAUUAACGGUCUAUGUCCGCUAAUAGAAAAAAAAAUGUUGAAUGAUUAAUCGGCUACUGUACUCAAAAUAAAUAUGAUAUUCUGUAGAAAAAAUAUGCUCGAAAAUUAAUAUAUUGAUCAUUAUAAGAUGAUAAAAAAGAUACAUACAUAUUGUAUGUGAAAUAAGCAUCUAAUAAUGUUGACAAGAAAGAAAAGUAUAUACACACGAACUUGUAUAUGUAUACAUAUAUACAUAUGUUAUAUACAUUUUCCACAAGUAUUUUGCACAUUUGAUAUGAAAAGAAAAAGAAAGACAUAGAAGGAAGAUACUUUGCAACCCUUAAUGCCGAAGUCGUACACAACGAGAGCUUGCACUUCUGCGAGCAUAUAUCUUCAAAUAAUAAUACAUGAGAAUUAAUAAAUUUGUUUGAACAGCAUUUAAAUACAAUAAUUAUUGCACACAUAAUUUUUCUAUAACAAUGGAUCACAAUUAAAUUAAAUGUGAAAUAUAGAGUACGAAUAUCUAUUAAUAUAUCUUAUAAAAUGCUUCAUUAGUGAAAUCCAUGAUUAAUUGGCAAUAUAGGGUUGCAAUUGUAAAGUACAGAAAAUCUUCUUCCUAAAUAAAACUGCUUUCAAGAUGGUCUCAGCCUAUGCUUUACUCAAUCUCAGGAUGUAUUCUGAUAUGAACUGUUCUCAAGAGUCAUAUUUGGUACAUUACUGUAAUUAAUUAACGUUAUUAAUGGAAUACACAAAUGAUAUAUAAAUAAAUAGUGCCUGGCACCACAUGUUGCCCUCCUGCAGGUUGACUUGUUCACGUUGUCUGCAAAAGAUAACUUGUCGACGAAUUAUAUGUAAAAGAAAAGUAUAUAUCUUACGGAAAGAUACGAUAAAAGUAGACUAAUAAGUAAUAAAAUAAAUAUAUGAACAAAAUGAGAAAGAAAAAAUGAAUAAGAAAGAAUAGAAGAUAAUAUCCAUAUUAUAAAUUAGUAAAAUUAUAAAUUUUGUUUUACAACAUUUUGUCGACGAAUUAACAACUUGGAAAGUCAAUCUUGCUUCUAUUAUAACCGAAGAUUAUAUUAUACGUAAGUUAAAAAAGGAAAAGAAAGAAGAGUCGUAUGAAUCUUCGAUAUUAAUUUGUUUCUUUACUAAUGUUACAAUUAGAAAUAUAUUUGAUGACUGUACGAACAAUCGGUGUGUGAAACAUAAGAUAUAUAAUGUAUAGUCACUAAUGAUUAAUCACAAAUUUUUAAAAUGAUCACAAAGUGCAAUCUCUUAGCCAACACACUUUUUUAUCAAAGAAAAAAAAGUAUAAAGAAAUUGUUAUUUUUCAUAACGAAAAAAGUAAGAUUUAAUGUAUUAAAAAAAAAUUAUAUAUAUAUAUAUAUAAUUAUAUACAUAUAUAUAUAUGUCUCCACUAGUUAUUAAACAUUUUCCUAUUGAUGCAAAAUUUAUUGUAUUUGAACUGAUAUAUAUGUAUAUAUAUAUAUAUAUGUAUAUAUAUAUAUAUAUAUAUCUCUUAAGUGUACAUGCCUGAAGUAAAUUCUUAAAAAGUAACCUGCGAUACGAUUACAUCGGUUCCAAUUCUUAAAUCAUUGCAGGUGGAUCUCUCAAAAUCUCUGAAUAAUAUAAUUACUUCUUAAUUACUCGACAUUAUACGAUUAUUUCUCGGCGAUAUUUCAAAAACCCAGUGUUAUUAUGUGCUUCAUUUGUUUGUAUAAGACAAAGUAAUUUGCACAAAUUUUCAUCUAUAAUUAGUAAGAAUAAUGAUAUGUAAAAUCUCAUAAAGGUUCGCUGAAUGAAUUUGGCACAAGAUAUAAUUAUUAAUUAUAAAUGAGACAAUUGAUAAGCUUUUUAUAUUUUAAAAAAUGAUUUUAUAAAAUUUUUUUAACUUAAUUAAAAUAAAAUAAAAGAUUUUGUUUAUUUUAUAUUUUGACAUUACAAAUAAAAUAUAAGAUAUUGAAGAAGUUUAUGGUUUUUUAAAAGUAUAUGCAUCUUAAACUUAUGAAAAUAUAUAAUAUUAUAUAUACAUAUAUAUGUUAAUAAAUUCUUUCUUCAAUUUUUUACCCUUAGUGCACAAAAUCUAAAAAUCAAUUUUCGAUUAUAAUAUAUAUAGAUUUUAUACAAAAUUAUGAAGCAUAUAAUAUUCUUUUAUAAUAUAUAUGUAGCUAAUCUAUCGAUUAUUAGACAUAUUCUUAAACUGUCUGAGAAAUCGUUUUACCUGAUCCACCGGUACUCAUGAUCUUGCAAUAAGGCAAGAAUUACGAUUUGCUUACCGAUCUAUUUUAUUGUAAAAUACCCAAGUGAAAAAUAAAAAAUACGUAGUGAUACCUCUUAAGGUAGGGAACUUGUUAAAUGGUGUACGUUAACGACACAAUUGUACGUAUCAUUUUAAUGUAUAUUUUUAAUAUGACGAUAAAAAAAGUAUGCAUAAGUUACACUCACAUACAGGCAAAUACGUAUUUGAUGUGUAUGCUCUUGAUUGGGGCACAACUGAGAUCAAUAUGGAACCAAUAACAUUUUAAAUGAUAAUAUAUAUGUUUUAUUCUCUUGUUAAAGCAUUUUGUCAAUUUUAACCUGUUAAUCAAAUUAAUUAAAAAAUUAUUCUUUUAUUUAUUGUUAUAUAUUAUAUCUAAUGUUAAAUAUUUGAUAAUCCAUUGUAAUAAUAAUGGAUAAAUAUGAAGUGAUACCAUUAGUAUCAGUUUAUUCUUGAAAUUUGAAUAUCUAUCUAGGUUAAAUUAGUUAAAUUGAUUUAAGAAAAAAAUAAUAAUUUCAUGUUCUUUAAUAUUGAUCGAACGAUUGUGCCUUAGCAAGAGUUGAACAAAAAAUAUCGUAGUGUCGACGAUUAUAUUAUAGUUGAAAACUCGGAGACUAUAAUUGAAAUUGUUGGAAUGCUGUGAAACGAAAUGGACCAUCUUUUAGAAUGCAUUAAAUUAUAGAAUAUACAGGAAUUUAAAAAAAAAGAAAAAAAGAAUAUAGAAAAAUAUAGGAAACCAGAGUUAGAGCCUUUUUUGUACAAGAACAAAAUUGUUGGACAACAAACCAUUUUUAUUGGCCGCGUGUGAAACUCAAUGGAUGCUCGCUUCGAUUUUUUAAAUAAUUUCUUCUUAUUCUUCUUUUUCUGUUUUGUUUUUCUCAUAAAACAUCCGUGGAAAAAGAUGAAUUUUAUAUAUAACUAUAACUAAUUAUAAUCGUUUUAAACAAGAGAAUAAUUUUCUAUAUAUUCGAAAUUUUUUUCAAACGUUUUAUCACGAUCACAUCAUCAUAACUAUUGAAACAUGAAAAUUGAAAUGAUUCGAUGAUCCUACACAUUCGAAUAUAUUUAAAGUUUUUUUCGUCAUAUUUUAAUGACACUGCUAAUUUAAUAUUUUUUUAAAUUAGAAAUAUAUAUAUAUAUAAUGCAAAGAAAAGUGUUGUAAAUAUAUAAAAAAAAUUUAGUUAACGGAUCGAUUUAUUAACCUUUGGUGCCUUUGAAAACGAAUCGUUGUGAACUAUUGGGAACCAAUCGUUUUUAACAAUCCUUUUUAUUCAAAAUAUUACGAAAUGAUCUAUUUAUUCCGCAAAAAAUUGUAAAACUAAGAAAAGCCAUCGUACAAUUUUUUGAUUAACUUAUAGAAAAUAAGACUUUUCUUAAAUAAAUAUUAUUUAUUUAUCAUUUAAAAUGAAAGAAAAAAUAAAAGAUCGAACAUAGAUUUUCAUAGUUUUUCUUGUAAAAUAUUACAUAAAAAUAUAAAAAAUAGUUAAUAUUUUGUAAUAUAACCAAGCUCAUCUAUAAAACAUGAUUUUUAAUGAUAAAAUAAUAGUACUAAUAAAAAAAAUAUUAAAAAAUUUUUAAAAUUCGAGAUUAUUUAUUUUAUUUUAUUUUUUUACAAUCUCAAAUUAUCAUAAAAUAUCUUCUUCUCUUUCGAUCGUUCUUUGUGUAGAGAUCGAUCGCAAAAAAUCGAAUCGAGUAUCCAAUAAAUGGAUAUUAUAACUUGAAUUUAAAAUUAAAACAAAAUAAAAUCGACAUGAGUGUGUAUAUAUAUAUAUAUAAAUGUAUAACAUGAUCAAUAAGAUAAUACAUGGUACAAGUAUCACUUUUUGAGAAAAUGAGUAUGAUUAAUUAAAAAAGAAAUAGAAAAUAAUGUUAGAAGACAUGGAAAGCUGAAUUAAUUAAUAUGAAAAUAUAAAUGUACUAGCCACAACUGUCAUUAUAGAAUAAAAGUGAAUCUAAUGAUAAAAUUGAAUAAUAUACAUAAAAUAUAUAUGUAUAUAUAUAUACGUAUGUAAAAGUAAAUUUAAAAAUACUGAACAUAUCUAUAAUGCCAUGUAACAUCACAUUUUUAAAGAUAAAACUCAAGAAUACCGCCAUUUUAUUAUUUACUAUCAACCGUGUUUAUUAUCGAAAUUUCUCGUCUAAUCGAUUGAUCGAUAUUAUUUUUUUUUUGAAAUUGUCUUUAUAAUAUAUAAAAAUAAAAAAAUAUAUUAGAAAGAUAGAAGAAAUAAUAAUAUAUAUAUAUAUCUAUAUAUAUAAUACAUAUAAAUAUAUUAUAUAUUUUUUAUUUCUUCUAUUUCUUAUAUCUUCUAAUAUAUUUUUUUUUUUUAUAAAUACAUAUAUAUAUAUAUAUAUAUAUAUAUAUAUAUAUAUAUGUAUGUAUGUAUAUAUAAAACAUAAUGAUCCUUGAUUCAAAGGAAUUCUCAUUUUUAUUUUUCAAUCAAUCGAUUGAUCGAUUAGUUGUUUUAAGACACACGGAACGUGUGUGUAUGAUAAUUAUUAAUAUACUUUUUAAAUAUUAUUACGUAGCGAUAUGCUGUUAUUUGUACGAUAUAUAUAUAUACAUAAAAAAACGGAAAAGUAUGAAAAUCUUUACGUUGUACUAUUAACAAAUAAACAAACAAAAAAAAGAGCGGCCCAUUUAAACAUUUUGAGCGCAAGGUACAAUGAAGAAAAAAAUAAGAAAGAAAAAAAGAAAAGAAAUAUAUAAAAGAUUUUAACAAUAGAAAAAAAUAACAAACAUUGUAUAUGUAAUUAUACUGAAGUUAAAAGUAAUCGCGUAACGUGCUAUAUAGAUCUUAUUAUUAAACAGACAAACAGAAAAAAAAACAGAAAAAAUAUAUUAUGGCGUAUUAUAAUGUUGUGCAUUUAAGUAGACAGUGAUAAAUCUGCGAAGACAGAAAUGAAAGUAGCUUUUUUUUUAUUUAUUUGUUAUUAUCGUUCUCUCUCUCUCUCUCUCUCUCUCUCUCUCUCUCUCUCUCUCUCUCUCUCUCUCUCUCUCUCUCUCUCUCUCUCUCUCUCUCUCUCUCUCUUUCUCUCUCAUAUAUAUAUAUAUAUAUAUAUAUAUAUAUUAUAAUAAUAUCAAUUUGUGACAAGGAGAGAAAUUGAUUUGUUUUGCAUGUAUUUUUUUUUUCUCAAUUUUUGUUUAUCCUUUUUGUUUCUUUUUCUUUCUUUUUUUGAAGUUUCUUCUGAUAACAUUCUGUAAGUACCAAAGAUUCAAUUGAUCAAAAUUUGUAAUUCGUUAAUCACGUUGUUAUCAAGACUAUUAUAUAUCCAUAAAAAUUUGCGAGAUGAUUCCAUUAAGAUGAAGGAUAUAUACUUGUUCGUUUAUUCAUUAAUAAUGCACGUCAAAAAUACCCCAUGCUGAGAAUGGUACAAUAAUGGACACACCUGUAUAAAAAUGGUACCGGCAAUUGUCGCGUAAAAAUCGGGCACAUGCAAGUUACUUUUUUCUUCUUAAUAUCAUUCGUAAAGAAAUUUUUAAUAUGUAAGAAUAAGGGAUUAAAAAAUAAUAACAGAAUUCAAUCUAUUAUAAAAUACUUAUUAUUAUUGAAUUAGUUAAUAGUAUAUAAAGUAUAUGUUUAAAAUUAAUUUAUUUGCUUUUUAUAAUUAAAUUUUAAAAAGUUUUUAAUAGACUCUUUUAAAAAAAAAUUGAUUUCACUUUAAUAUAUUCGCAAAUAUUUUUUAUUUUCAGUUCCUUGAUUUAUCAAUUAAUAUAAUUUGACCAUAUUCUAUGUUGAUAAAAAAAAUAGUAGAAUUAACAAAAAUUUGAAAGUGCUUGCAAUUACUCGAUUUAAACGUAACUAGUUUAAACGUUAUUUCGUUGGUGCUCGAAAUAUCCGGUCGUUGUUACAUGUUAUAUUAUUGUCAAUACAGUAUAUGAAGAAUAAUAAUUAUCAUAAAUCCUUUUAAAGAUCCAUCAUUUAUCGUUAUCGAUUGAUCAUUACUAUCUACUAUUAUUAUUACUACAAUCACUAUUUAUUAUUAUUAUCAUCAUCAUCAUCGUCAUCGUCAUCGUCAUUAUCAUCAUCAUCAUCAUCAUUAUCACCAUCAUCAUUAUCAUUAUCAUUAUCGUUAUCGUCGUCGUCGUCGUCGUCGUCGUCGUCGUCGUCGUCGUCAUCGUCAUUAUUAUUGUUAUUGUUAUUAUUACUAAUAAUGAUCAUAAUAACCAUACGGAUUAUAUCGCCUAUUGCUCGGUCAAUGAUAAUGAUUUUUGUCUGAAGUUAAAAUGUAUUAUUUCAAUAUUUUCUUUUUUUCCUCCCAACUCUUAAACUUUUAUCAUACAUACACGUUAUACAAACGUAUAUAGACAUGUUUAAUUAUAGAAAUAUACAAACAUAUGCACGCGUGCGCACGCAUAGAACAUUGUAAACACAUUAUGAUUAUAUUUCAGCUAUCAGCAUAAUGAUAUCGUAUUUCUUAUAGAAUACAUUUUUUUGGUUUUUAUAUUUGGCAACAUUUUAUUUAAGUAACAUUCAAGCAUGUGCGAGUCAAUUGAUUUGACAUAAGAUUAAUUAAAACUAUUUUAAGAUUUGAAAAAUAAUGAUAUAAUAAUAUAUAAUUAAUAUAAACUUAAAUAAUAUAUAAUUUAAUAUAAACUUAAAUAAUUAGACUAUUAUUGUUUAAAAAUUUAACAAAAAAUAUUUUUAUUUUUAAUGUAAUAUUUUUUUAUAGAAUAUUGAUAAUUUUGAAAAAAUUGAAUACAAAGAAGUCCGAGAAAAAAGCAGAAUAAAGUGUUAAGAGAAUAUAGAAAGAAUUUUAUAUAAUGUUUUAUUUAUAUGAAAAAAAAAUAUAGCACGUGCUUCAAGAAUGUUAAUAAAACACCUACUACAUAUAAUAUGUUAAAAAAAAAUUAAAAGUAUUUUAUAAAUUGUAACAUAAUUUGUACAGUCUAAUCUAUUUUUUGUAAAUUUAACUUAUUGCAAACAUUUUUCUUAAUGGUUAGAAAUCUUAAAUGUGUACUUCUUGACUCUACUUUUAUAUUUUACAUUUGAAUGAUUUUUAAACAAUUAAUUUGCAUAAAUUAUAAUCGUUUUUAUUUAAUGAUGAUUUUUUUUAAAUAAAUCGAUUGCAUCAAUCAACUGAUUUAUUUUUUGCACAAACAUUAUGUUAAAAUAUAUCAUUUCUUGAUAAGUAGAAAAAUAAUAUAAUUGAUAAUUAAAUAUUUUUUUAAUAAGGAAAAAACGAAAUUUUAUAAAAACAGAAUUAGUUCAAAUUCGAAUAUAAAUUUCUUCGAUAUAAUGUUGAGAGAUAUGUGUGGGAUUUAAAAAUCAUUGAUUUUCUAUUUAAAUGAUUGAUGUACGUACAAAAAUAUUCAUUAUCUACUCUUAAUGGAUUGUAACACACAUAUUUAUUUUAUUUUUUUUUUUUAAUAUAAAUAAAAAUUUUAAUUGAAAAUUUUUCUUUAAUUUUUUUAAAUUGAAUUUAAAAAGGAAUAAUUCUUUUUCUAAAUUCUAAUUCAUAAUAAAAAAUAUAUAUUUCAUAUGUUACAAUCCAAUGACAUAUAUUAUUGAUAGAAAAAUUAUCUAUUAUGUAAAUUGUAUUUUUAUUGAAUUACUAAACGUGUCCGAAUUUUGUAAACAUUUUAAAAGAUAUCAAAAGAUAUAUAAUAUUUUUGAUUUUUUUUUGUCAUUUGUUUUAGAAUAAAAAACAAAAAGUAAAAUUCGCACACGUUCCAAUAAAUAAUAUUUGUGGUAAAAUGUGACUAACAUUGUGGUGUAUGACUGUGUAAAUUCUGUCUAAAUUAUCUCAUGAUCACAUUUCAUUCAUUUUUUGACUAUCGACUUCAUGAAUGUUUUUUUAUUUAAUAUAUAUGUGUAUUCAUUGUUUGACAUUCCCAAUCAUGUCUGAAAAAUGAACAUAUGCAAAUUACUUACAAAAAUACUAUGUAUUUAUGCUUUAUUUUUUCUUUCUUAAAUACUAAAUAAUUACAAAAAACUCUUCUAAAAAAAGUCAAAUUUAAAAAAAUUUAAAUGCAAUAUUUUUUAUUUUAUUUUUUUUUUUAACUUAUAAAAAUUUUUUUUUAUUCUUUUCUUUUUUUCUUUCUGUUUCUCUAUCAACAGAAACACUCAUACUCUUUAUGUAAAAUAUCGCACCGCAAUGUUGAAAUCAUAUUACUGUGUGUACAAUCCAUACCUGUUGAAUGUCGCUCAAUCAUCUAAUUUCGAUAUUUCUUGAUCUCAAAACUCUUUCAAUUUAUUGAUUUUCUAACUAUAAAUCUUUCUACCAUAUUUGUAAACUUUGCACAUGUAUACAUACGCAUAUAUACACGAACACAUUCUUAACGAACAAUGUAUGUAUACUAUUGUGUAAUGGGUAUAAGGAGACACGCAAAGAAGCGAUAAAAAACACACAAAUACGCAUUUUUUGCACCGACGUACUAACACAACUUUCAUUGUGACGUCCACUAAUGUAAUUUAUACGAUCGUGUAUAUAUAAAAUCAGUAUUGCUUUUAUUAUUUUAUUUUGUUUAUGUGUACUAUAUAUAUAUAUGUGUGUGUUAAUUGAAUUUUUUUAAAUAUUGCGCAGAAAAAUUAUGUUAGAGUUACGGUAUUGCUAGUAUUGCUAUCAUUUUUUAUUUAAUUUUAUUAUAAAAUAAAAAUAAUAAUUUUGGAAAAAAUUAAGAUAAUUGGAAAGUAACUGAAAUAUAUUUUUCAAGAUUAUUUUUAUUGAUCAUAAUUACAAUACAAAUUUUACAUCCGAUAGUAAAAAAUCUUAAGUAUUGAUAAUAAUUUAAUAUUGAUACAGAAUAUUUCAAUUAUAGAACUCAUCUUGAACAUAUUUGCUAUUUACGCUUUUUAAAAAUAAAAUGAAAAUUUAAUAUAAUUUAAUGGUUAUUAUUGUUUUAAUCAUAUUGUUAUUAAUUAUAGAACAAAAUAUUUUAUGAAAAUAUAUUAUCUAUAGAUUUUGAAAUUUUAAAAGAGAAAUUUAUAUAAGAGAAAUUUAUAUUGAAAAAAAUUAAAUUAUGAUAAAAAAAAAUAAAAUUUUUGUAAAAACAUUUUUCAUAUUGUUAAAAAUACUUUUUAAUAAAAAUAUGCAUAUUGAAAUGUUCACGAUUGAUAAGACAUACAAUUCUGGUAGUUUUUUAAUGUAAAACAAUUAUAUAAUAUAAAAGUCACGAAUCAUUCUUAAAUAAAUCUAGAGAUUUUCAAUAAUAAGUAAAUAAUGCAUAAAACAACAAAAUAUUUUAUAUAUGCACGAUCGUAUUUUAUCCUUUGUAGAAAUGCCUUAUUGUCACGUGCCUCGAUUAAUAAUUAAACUGUUCACCUGCUUACCAAUUACUUGUUAGUGUACGUAACAAGAAAUAUGUACGUGUAAUAUCGCGUUAUUCUUUGUACUGCUCUUGUAAAUAUAUUCUAAACGAUUACUGUCA